AUGAGUGACCUCACUGACCUCACUGACAACACUGACAAGGCCCCUCGUUAUGGCCUAAGAGCUCGAUUAACAACUCCAGAUUAUAAAGAUGGCUUGAGAAAAAGAAGACCUGAUAAUAAUAACAACAAUAGCAACAGUAAUACUUACACCACAAAUAACCAAAUAAUUCGUGGACAAGAUGCUGAAAAGAUUGUAAAUGAACUUACUACGGAUUUUGAAAGUAAAUUAGUAGAAUUAUAUAAUUUUCUUUUGGAUACAAAUGUAUCAUAUUUGGUUCUAAAAGAGCUUAAUUUUUUUGAAAAGUUAUUAUCAUGUCUUAAAAAUCCUAAAAAUCAAUCUAUAUUUACAAAAGUAUUUAUUAAACCUUUGAAUGAAGUUAAUAUGCGGAAAGCACCUUUCAAAAAAAUUGUUAUAACAUUAUUAUAUUUUAUGGAGAAGAAAAACUAUUAUGAUUGUAUUGAUUUGUCAGAGGACAUAGCUGAUGGUACUGAACCACCACCAUUCAUAUCACAACAAUCCUCAAACUCUCUUAGACCAGACCUUAAAACAAUAGUUACUGGAAAUAUUGGAUUAAAAUUAAAAUAUCAGGAAAACAAAAAACUUGAAAUUACUACAAAAUUAUUUACUAGAUUUAGAGAAUUGGCCAAUCGAAUAAAGCUUGAUGAUCAAAAUUGUCUAUGUGAUAUUGGAGCAAAUAUUCUAACAAGAAAUAAUGAUAUAAGAAACUCAAGAGACCUAUUUACAGUUAUUGAGCAGGAAAGAAUUGGAUUUGGCCAUGCUGAUGAAAAUGGUGAGUAUACUGAUGAAGAAUUUGAUCUUAUUGAACAUGUAGAAGAACUAUUCUAUAGUGAUAGAUAUGGGAUUGAACAUGAAAAUAAUAUAUUUUAUGAUGAAACAACAGAAUUUCACAAUCAUGAUGAUGAUGCCACAAGUACCAUUUCAUCAUCAUCAGAUGGUCAGCAUCAAAGCAAUGACUUUUUUUCUUAUAAAGAAACACAUUGGCAAUUUUAUAUUGGAGAUCAACGUAUUCCACUUGAUACAACAAUUUAUGCAGCAAUCCACUGGUAUAUGAUGACCAAUUCUAAGUGGAAUUUAAAUCAACAGUAUGAGAUUGAAUUAAAAUAUUCAAAUGAACCAUAUACUGUUGAUCCAAACCUACCACCUACACUUGACUGUAAGGUUAUUGAAAACAACAAGUCAACAUUGGAGCUUUUAAAACUAUUACACUGGCUGUAUGUUAAUAUGAUUGAAGGUGAAAAUUAUCAGAGCAAUUUGUUUAUUUUUAAAAACAUGGAUGAGGUUUUGAAUGAGAAAUUAAAAAAACCAAUAGCAAUUUUGACAGGAGUAUAUCCUCUUUGGGUGUAUUCUGUUUUUCAUGACUACCGAUUUUUAGUUUCUGGAAGAAAUCAAUUAAAGUUAUUUAAGGCACAGGUUUUUGGUAUACGUAUGUAUAAUGAACGAGAUCAAGAUAUAUCAGGAUUUUCUAAAUGGGAAUUUAAUAUUAUUAAAAGAUUGUUGCCAGUUUGGAAAGAUAAAGAGAUCCAAACACGUGAAAAGGUGUUUGAUUGGGCAUUGAAACAACUUGAAAAGACAGCCAGUCUUUCACACAAAAUUAAAAUUAAAUUCAAAGGAUUAGGAGGAGUAGGUCUUGGAGUUACUCGUGAUUUUUUUACAAUUUUAUCAGAAGAAUUUUUCAAGAAAAAUAAAAAAAUGUGGAUCAACAAUAGUUCAGUAGCAUAUGAAGAUUUAAAUGAAAAUGUAAAAUAUGAUUAUGGUAUUGAUGAAAUAGAAGGAUUAUAUGAGCCAUUGGUCAUGCAAUUAAAAAUGAUCAAUUCAACAGAUGAAUGGCCAGAUUUUUAUAUACCAUCACCACCAGCAUUUUGUGAGAUUAAUUUUGAGGAGGAAACAGAUAAAACAGCAGCAAAUUUUCAAAAUAUUUUCAUAGAAUAUUUUUUUAAUAAAGGUGUAAAUAGACAAAUAAAUUGGUAUAAAACAGGAUUUGAACAUUUAUUUCCAUUCAAAUAUCUUAAAUAUUUAACACCAACACCAGCUGAGUUUACAUAUUUCUUUUGUGGUAGAACAAAAGAAGAUUGGAAAUUAGAUACAUUAAAGAAAUACAUUCAAAAAAAAAAUCAAUCACCAAUAAGUGAUAGGGACUAUAUGAUGGUGUUAAGGAUUAUGAGUAAUCUGGACAUGAAAGAUCGUAAGCAACUAUUAAGAUUUGCAACAGGUAGCACAAGAUUCCCAAUUGGUGGAUGGGAGGUAUUAGGGCUUAAUCUUGAUGCAUUUCCAACUGAAGAAGAACAUUAUUAUCCAAAUUAA